AUGACGAGAAGUGAGAAGGCUGCUAAAGAUGAAAAAGAGAGGGCAACAAAGGAUGACCAUGUCAUGGAGGUAGUUCUGGAAGUGAGAGAAAAUAAGAAAGAAGAAGAAGAAGUUAUACCACCAUUAAAGCCAAUGGAAGAGAAGAAGAAAAAAGAUGUUAAACAUGUGAUUAAGUUACCUUACCCUCAGAGAGUGACAAAGAAGGAUCCAAGAGAGACAGACUUUGAGAAAUUCGUCACAAUGUUCAAAAAGAUAGAGAGUAAUAUGCCUUUCAUUGAAGCACUCGAGAAAAUGCCCAUGUACAAAAAAUUCACGAAAGAGGUAAUCGUUGAAAAGAGACCAGUAGGAGAUGGGUCAGUAGCUUUGAAUGAAAAGUGUAGUGCAAUAUCACCAAGUAGGAGAAUUCUACACAAGCAGAAGGAUCCUAGAGCAGUCACAGUCCCGUGCACUAUAAAAAACAGAACUUUCAAGAAGGUACUAAUUGAUUCCAGAGCUAGUGUGAGUAUGAUGCCAUUGUCAAUAUACCAAAGGCUCGGUAUUGGAAGUGUCAGUGAUACAAGGACAAAUCAGAAGUUUGCAGAUCACUCCAUAAAGAAUGCAUAUGGGAUAGCAGAAGACAUAUUGGUGACAAUUGAGAAAUUUAGUUUUCCUGUUGAUUUUGUGAUCAUAGACAUACUUGAGGAUGAAGAGACACCUAUCAUUCUUGAUCGACCUUUCAUGCAGACAAGUCAAUGCAAUUUGGACAUAGACCAAGGUACACUAGCUUUAAAAGUUUAUGAUGAUGAAAUAACUUUGAAUGUUCUUAAUAACAGGAAGCUAUAG